AUGAAUUCUGUGGUGGUGAACGACUCAAAUGAGGUGUGUCAACCACCACCGCUUCUUCUUUCACCUCCUGUAUGUUGGCAAAUUCUCAUUAGACUGGCUACAACUGUUUUUACUUCUGGCACUGAUAUUCGUGUGAAUGAGGAAUGGCAAGAAGAUAGAAAGGUUGAUACAGCUAGUGGAAUUGGUUGCAAGAUUAGCAGACCAACACGUAAGAGAAGGUUUCCAUUAGAACCUGAUUGUUAUGCACAUUUUGGCAAUAUUUUUGUGAACAAAGAUUUUUUAAAGACUAUGGCUGAGAAGGGCAAUCUUGCCAGAAGAAAUGAUUUAUUUCACACUGGAUUAGGCCUUUUUUCCAAUGUAUAA